GGGAGGUUCAAACAUGGAGGGAAUGGAAGGACAAGAUUGGCAAUUCGACAAAUUUGACGAUGGUUCCAUAAAAAUCGUUGGAGAAGUUCAGCUAAAAAAGUAUGGCAAGUUUCUUGAGGAUUAUGCCACACAGCUAAAGGAAAUUGAAGAUGCUUUGGAUGAUACAAUUGGGGAUUCCUGGGACUUCACUCUUGACCCCAUUUCUCUGCAGUAUUUGCCUUAUGAACAAACCACCCUACUACAGUUAGUGAAGACAGACAAUAAGAUCUUCAACAAGGUGAUAACGGUGCUAGCCUCACUAUGUUGCGAGAUGAAUGCCUUGAAGUACGAGGCAGAGAACAAGUUCUACAAUGCCAUGUUAUUCUAUGGAGAGGGAGAGCCCGAGGAAGGACUGCAGGAGGGUGAGGCUCAGAUUCAGAUGGGACGUAUGAUGUCAAUGUUCCAAGACCUCCAUUGCUUUAUCUUCAGGUCGUAUGAAGUUGUCCGUAGUGUCAUGCAUCAGAUGGCUUCCCUACAUGUCAGUGGAAGAAACACUCCUAAGGUGAUAGAUGUGACUGAUACACAUUUCCAAACAGUCUAUGAGCACCUGGGGGACCUACUAACAUGUCUUAUAACACUGGAUGAAAUCAUAGAGAAUCAUGCAACGUUGAAAGACCAUUGGACCUUAUAUAAAAGGAUGCUGAAAUCUGUCCGGCAUAAUCCAUCAAGGUUUGGUAUUUCUGAAGAUAAGCUGCGUCCAUUUGAGAAGUUGAUGAUGACAUUAGAAGGUCAAGUUUUGGAUGGGAUGAUAUUUCAGAACUGUGUAGAACAACUGUAUGAUGACAGCAGGGUCCAUGUAUCAAAGAAUGCAGUGUUUGCGGAAGAGUUUGCACUGAAUAUAAGAACCUAUUUAGGUCAGAUAGAAACAAGAAUAGGUGAGAACAAUGAGGUUGACCAGAGACUGAAGUUUGUAGGAGUGUGUGGCCUUUACAUACUUCACUUUCAGAUCUUCCGCAUCAUAGACAAGAAAAUAUUCAAAUCCCUAUGGGAUAUUUACAAAAAGGUUCCAGCAGUAAAUCUGAUUGGCAACAUCCUAUGGCUUCCAAAUGAGUUCCUGCUGACCAAAUUACCUCACAUGGCUAAGGCCCUUGACAAAAAGGCUCGUCAAGCAGUGCUGACACAUCGACAGACAUGGCUACAGACCAAAAGCCAAAAUCUCACAAGGAAAAGGGAUGCCCAGAUUAUGUAUUUACAAGUGUCUGCCUGGAUGGUCAAGAUGGAGUCUAAUCUAUCGAAGGCCAGCACUUUAAUAGAGGAUCUGAACAACAGGUGUACCUUGUUUAUACAGGGCAUGUUGUAUGCCUGUACUAUCAGCCACAAUGUCAGGACUACAAUGAACAUGCACUUCUCCAUGCAGAAACCAAUGACCAAAAGCUCAGUGCUGGCUCUGUGUAAACUCAUUGAACUUCUGAAGGCCAUUGAAAUGACGUUUCACAGGAGGUCAAUGUUGGUGGCAGAGUCCGUGAACCACAUCCUGCAACAUCUAUCAUUUAUUGCCCUAACUAUCAUACAGGCUGCCAAGAAGCGUGUUAUAUCAGAUAAGAAGUACAGUGAGCGCAGACUAGAUGUGCUGUCAGCCUUAGUGCUUGCUGAGACAACCCUCAAUGGACCAGGCACCAAGGAACGUCGUCUUAUAGCAAAUCUUGCCCUUUCAGUAGCCACUAAGAUGAAAAUCUUCAAAGAAGAUGAACUUUCAAGCCUCCAAGCAACGCUUAAGAAACUUGAGGCAACAGUAGAGCUGAGAGAACAGGUUCGGAAUGCCUGUGACUGUAGCUUCCUGUACUGGCACAGAGUCAUCUUUCCUAUAUACCUGGCUGAUAUGUAUGAGACGGCAGUUGACACACAUAAACUACAUUACAUGUUCAGUGCAUUGAGGGACUGUGUACCACCAAUGCUAGCCACAAAACACAUGGAAUCCCCACAACUACUUUUAGAUGCAUAUGACAAAGAAGUGAUGCACAAUUUGAAAGAGCACCUGUUAGUUCCCUUGUGUCGAGACAUUGAAACAGACCUGAGAUUACACAUACAUUCCCAUCUUCAACUGGAUGAUAGGAACCCAUUCAAGGUUGGUCUGAAGGACCUCUCACACUUCCUAAAGAUCACACCAAUACGAUUCUUUGAUAGAUUCAUCAACAUUAAAGCCUAUGUGGAGCACUACCUUGAUAAGACAUUCUACAACCUGACCACAGUUGCCCUUCAUGACUGGAAAACAUAUGGAGAGAUGAGGAACCUUGCAGUACAGAAAUAUAAACUGAACAUGAUGGAGUCGCACCUGCCUAGUCAAACCCUGGAACAGGGUCUAGAUGUGCUAGAGAUUAUGAGGAACAUUCAUGUGUUUGUCUCCAAGUACCUGUAUAACCUGAACAACCAGAUCUUCAUAGAGAAAUCAAGCAACAACAAACAUCUCAAUACGAUCAAUAUCCGACAUAUUGCCAACUCUAUACGCACUCAUGGUACUGGCAUCAUGAACACAACGGUGAAUUUUACAUACCAGUUUCUACGCAAGAAGUUCUUCAUCUUCUCACAGUUUAUGUAUGAUGAACACAUCAAGUCACGCCUCAUCAAGGACUGGAAGUUUUUCAAGGAAAACCACCAGAAAACAGAUCAGAAGUAUCCGUUUGAGAGAGCUCACAAGUUCAACACAGGGAUCAGGAAACUGGGACUUACUCCUGAUGGACAGAGUUACCUGGACCAGUUUAGACAGCUAAUCAGUCAAAUGGGCAAUGCUAUGGGGUAUGUGAGAAUGAUCCGGUCAGGGGGCCUCCACUGUUGCAGUAAUGCCAUUCGAUUCAUCCCUGACCUGGAAGAUAUAGUGACGUUUGAAGAACUCUGCAAGGAGGAGAACCUUUCUAUUGAAUGCCAGAAAGCUGCUAAGACAUUAGAUGAUGUCAUAUCAAACCUGAGCAAGAACUUUGCAGAAGGCACAGAAUACUUCAAGAUGUUAGUUGAUGUGUUUGCACCAGAAUUCAGGAAGUCACAGAAUAUGCACUUGAGGAACUUCUUUGCCAUUCUGCCUCCCUUGACUCUGAACUAUGUCGAGUACAGUAUUAGCUGUAAAGAGAAACUGAACAAGAAAAACAAGGUUGGGGCUGCCUUUACAGAUGAUGGUUUUGCCAUGGGGCUGGCGUACAUUCUGAAGCUACUAGACCAAUACCAGAAGUUUGAUUCCCUGCAUUGGUUUCAGUCAGUCAGAGACAAGUAUGCAAAGGAUAAGCAACAAGCAAUCCAGCAAGCUCAGUCUAAGUCAGAUGACAAACUUCAGGAGACUCUCAACCUAACAGUCAAGAGACUAGAUGUAUAUAAGCAGGAGUUUGAUCUUCUGAACUACUCUCUUAGCAGUGCAAGAAUAUUCUUCAGGGCGGAUAAAACAGCAGCUGAAGAAAAGGAGGAUUCUAAAGCUAAAGAAAAGGCAGAGAAAGAUAAAGAUCAAGCUCAAGCACCAGCGACCAGUGAUACCCCUACCUCCACAGAGACUCCAACUGCAGUAGAAGGAGCAGGUGCCCCACCUCCACCACCCCCUCCACCCCCACCCAUGGCAUUCUAAGUCCCCUCCCCCAGGGCAAGAUGGUAUGAGGGUUCCAAUGGACUUAACUAAGCAGUGUAAAGAUGAUCUCUGACGGAUACAGAAGAUAUAGCUUGGUUAUUAUACUUAUGGGACUCAAGUCAUAUGACAAAUCAGAUAGAACAUGGAACAUUGUCUGUCUUUGUCUUGGAGGCUGCCCAACAUAGUAGAAGUACUUGACAAAAAAAGUGUAUUUUAGUUCUAAAAAAUAAGGAGUUACAGUAUUAAAUAAAUUAAUAUGAUUGAAAUAUUAUGUUAAACAAAAAUGUUCUCAUGGUAUAUCUACUAUCCUAUUAAACGAUAUAUGUAAGAUACUCAUCCCAGGGUUUUCAUACAAAAGAAAAAUAAAGCUGUGGUGACAUAUUGUUACAGUCACCAACUAUUUUGUGGUUGGUGUUUGAUAUUCAGUGUCUAACAAAUGGCAGGUAGUUUUGCAUUUUGCAUAUUUUAAUGUCUUGUUAAAUCUGCUGUAGAAAGGUGCAAUAUUG